AUGAGAUAUGACCCCAACUUGUUGGACUCGACUAGCAACAUUCUCUCUCUCUCCGCUUCUAAGUUUUUUUCAUCUCACCCCAAGAAGUGUUUAUCACCGUUUUGUCGCCGUCCAGUGCUUUGUUUGUCUCACCGCCAACAUCACUGUGUUCCUGAAGUUGAGAGGAGUCGACCGCUCGGUGGAACUCUCGCCGACCAUACGUUCUUGUUCCUCGGUGCUGGCGAGGCCGGAACUGGUAUAGCUGACCUCAUAGCACUUGAGAUCUCAGAGCAGAACGGAAAACCAAUCGAGGAGAACCGCAAGAAGAUUUGGCUUGUAGACUCAAAGGGAUUGAUCGUUGCCUCUCGCAAGGAAUCGCUUCAAGACUUCAAGAAACCUUGGGCUCAUGACCACGAACCCGUCACGGAACUCAUAAAUACCGUCGAGGCGAUCAAACCAACUAUCUUGAUUGGAACAUCUGGUGUGGUAAAACAAUUCACUAAAGAGGUUGUGGAGGCCAUGGCAUCAUUGAAUAAGGUUCUUUAUCUCUCUCAAGUUGUGCCUUUGAGAUCAUCUCAAUUCUCAACUGAUGAGUUUUAG